AUUUCGGCACCGUAAGUAUGACACAGCAAGCAAUGGGCGGGUCCUCCCCUCAAGAUGGAAACUGUCUCGAGUGACCCACCCACUGCAAGCCUCAAGCGUCGACGCCCACCCACCAGCCUUAUUACUCGACGAAUACCAGGAAGAAGAAGUCGAACAGGCCCAACCAUGAGCUACCCAGGAUACCCUCCUCAGGCUGGUGGAUACCCACCACAACCUGGUGCAUACCCACCCCAAGCAGGUGGAUAUCCUCCUCAGCCUGGUGCCUACCCUCCUCAGCCUGGUGCCUACCCUCCUCAACCUGGUGCCUACCCUCCCCAAGCAGGGGGCUACCCGCCUCAAGCUGGAGGCUACCCACCCCAGGCAGGAGGUUACCCACCACAGGCAGGAGGUUACCCACCACAGGCAGGAGGGUACCCACCCCAAGCCGGAGGUUAUCCCCCUCAGGCUGGAGGGUACCCACCAGCACCCCCACAAGGCACUUGGGGAGGUGGGCCUGCCGGGGGAUAUCCUGCCAUCGGUAUGGACAACCUCACCAACCCUGGAUACAAUGCUGGCAUGGCCAACCAGAUGUGCCAAGGCGUAGGGUGUUUUUCUCCAAACCCCUCCGUUUACGCCUAUACCCCCGUGGGGUACCCGUCAGUUUAUCCACCAGGCCGGUACAUUGCCCUUUUCCCUAAUGAACAGUCAUAUGGCCUGUACCCACAGCCAGGAGGAACUAUGCCCCAAGGUCCAGGGAUGGGCUACCCAGGCCAGCCUAUUCCCGGCUACCCUCGUGCUCCAUCUCCCAAUCCCACUGGAUAUGGAGGCGCACCAGCACCUAUGCAAGGGUACCCAAAGGUCCCCUCGCCGAAUCCAUCGACACAAGCCUAUGGUGGCGGAGCCAUGCCGAUGGCCCCACCUGUAAAUAAAGGGUUUAGAGGGUCAAUCAAGGACUUUCCUGGAGCGGACCCCCUCAAAGAUGUGGAGGUCCUAAGGAAAGCGAUGAAGGGAUUUGGAACUGAUGAGCAGGCCAUUAUUGACUUGUUGGGGAGUCGCUCAAACAAGCAGCGCGUUCCUCUACUCCGUGCCUACAAAACCGCCUAUGGGAAGGAUCUGAUUAAAGACCUCCACUCUGAACUGUCGGGCGACUUUAGGAAGCUAGUCAUGGCCAUGAUGAAGAGCCAGCCUGAGUUUGAUGCCUCUGAGAUUCAUAGUGCCAUUAAGGGCGCCGGAACCGACGAAGCUUGUCUGAUAGAGAUCCUGUCAUCGCGUUCCAAUGCCGAAAUCAAGGAGAUAGCGCGUAUUUACAAAACAGAAUUCAAGAAGUCUAUGGAGGAUGCCAUUAGCAGUGACACCUCAGGACACUUCCGUAGACUCCUGAUUUCUCUUGCACAGGGUAAUCGUGACGAAAGACCAAAUGUCGAUAUUUCAUUAGCCAAGCAAGACGCUCAGGCCCUUUAUGCUGCCGGAGAGAACAAACUGGGGACGGACGAGUCCAAGUUUAAUGCCAUCCUAUGUGCCAGGAGCAAAAACCAUCUCAGGACAGUUUUUAUGGAGUACCAGAAGAUGUGUGGCAGGGAUAUUGAGAAGAGCAUCAGCAGGGAGAUGUCAGGAGACCUGGAGAGUGGAAUGCUGGCAGUGGUGAAGUGUAUUAAGAAUAUACCAGCCUACUUUGCUGAAAGGCUUUACAAGGCCAUGAAGGGUGCUGGUACUAAAGACACCACUCUCAUCCGAAUCAUGGUGUCCCGUUCCGAGAUCGACAUGCUGGAUAUCCGCCAAGAAUAUUUGAAAAACUAUGGCAAGUCACUGUACAAGGACAUCUCUGGCGACACAUCAGGAGACUACAAGAAGCUCCUUCUCAAGCUGUGUGGCGGCAGUGACUGAAGCAAUCACAUUACACGUGCCUACAAUAAUAAUAAGAAUAAUAAUCUGUUUUGGCUUUAUAGUGUCAAAGCAAUAUACACAAGCUGCAAAAAUGCAUGCCAUGUUUACCCUGUUGUAGCGUCACGUGACUAUUUGCAAUUCAGAGUGCACACAAAAGCUUUAUAUUUUUUUACUUGCUCAACAUUUAAUUUUUACAGAGCGAGUUCCUACACAUUAUAAAAAAAGAGUUAUAUUUUUAAAGAUAUAUUCAUGUAAAUUCCUGUAUGAGUAGAAUUGAUAAUCUGCUUCAUCUGUCAAAAGUUGAAUUAUUUUAAACAAUGCUGAAUUUAAAUGUACAAGUGCCACAACGUCCCGCCAAGCAAUGUAAUCACCUCAGCAUCCAGCCUUGCAAUGUAAUCUCAAUAGUCUGUCCAUUAGACGUUUUUUUCUA